AGAGAGAAAAACCCAAACUACAAACCACCUGCGAUAAGAUAAGAGCUCUGCAUACCAACGAGCCGGCGAAACUGGCCCAGCCAAAACAACAACCCAAUUGUCAGUAUCAAUAUUGAGUAGCUAGUGGAUUAACCUGCUGAACGAAUACGAUGAAAUACAAUUUAUUGCUGUUGGCCCUGUGCCUGCUGUUGGCUGCAUUCGUGAGCGCCGAUCUGGAUGACGAAAAGUUUGCAAUACCGAAAAGGAUUUGCCCAUGUCCUCGCAACUACGAUCCUGUCUGUGCCAGCAACUUGAUCUCCUAUCCAAAUCGCUGUCUCUACGACUGCGCUCGUCGCGAACUUGAGCGGGCUGGACGCAGCUUGGAUUUGCUGAGAUCGGGAGACUGCUAGGCAGACUUCCAUGCAAAUCUGUCAACUUUAACAAGAAUUUAUAUAAAAAAAUAUAAAAAAAAAUAAACGAAAUAAUAUUGCUCAA